AUGAGCGGUGAAGCUUUUGGCUUGUUUUCUUCAGCAAUGAAGGAAAAAAAGUCCUCAAAAUCGAAAUCAAGAGCAUCGUCGUUUGCCAACGUGAUGUUAGAGAUUGAGCCUUUGAUCAAGGUUCAACCAGCAGAUGAUGGUACGCUCAGUGAUUUCAUAAACGAAUUCAAACAAGCCGAUGAGUUGCCUCAAGGCCUUUCUAGCAAAACCAAGGCUUUCCAUGUCUUUGAGCCAGAAUACUAUAUCAAUCGUGUCAAGGGUAUUGAAUCCGAGAUGGUUGAUGCUAUCCGGCGAAGAAUGGUGCCUGAUGCCAAGCGAAAAAUUACUCAACACGUUAACACAUAUAAUGUGCUAUCUUGUGAUAAAUUGGAGUGGAAGGUUUUAAUUGCAAAGCUUGAAAAAUCAGCUGCUCCAGAAUCAAAGAAAGUAUUGUCAUAUCGUGUUCGUGAUAGAGGAUUGGAAGCUGGUAGUACAAGAAAGGGAAAGAAGUAUGAGGUUUCCUGGCAAAACAAUUCACCUAAUACCUUUCUGCCUGUACUCGAUAAUGAUAGGUAUUGGUGGGGCUAUGCUUGGGAGCACAUGUCUUUGAAAUGGCGAGCAAUGACUAGUAAGACAGCACCACCAUCAUCUUCCAAAACUAUUGCUAUAACAAUAACAGAAAUUAUUAUCCUUCACAUGUGUAGCAAAAUUAUUUACUGCUCCAAUCAUUCCAUGGAUUGUCAUUGA